AUGGAUCCUCUGGAUUGUCAAACAGAUGAAGAGCUGAGUAAUUUGUUUCACUGUAAGAAGACAGAGAUUUCUUCUAUGGAGGAACCACAAGCCUUCCUCAAUGAGCUCCGGAAGCCCAAUCUGGUGCCAGAAAAUCUCUACCAGAAAGUGAUGAAGAUGAGGACUACAGAGAGAAGGCAGGACAUUGUCUAUCAAAUUCUGGACCAGCUGGAAAAGAAGGGGGGGCAUAGUGUGAGGUUGUUUUGGAGAUGUGUGUUUCGGGAUUGCAUGCUGCAGAAAUAUCCCAUUUUGCGCUUGCUUUGGAACAGUCUUAAGGAUGGUUCAUCUAUGGUUUACAAGCAGAUUCCUGAUGCACCAGAGGAACCAAACAGGAGAGAAUCAGACAAGAAAGGACUAAAAAGAAAGAAAAGCAUUGAGGGGACAGAUGAGGAAGAACCAGGUCCUUCAUCUUGCUCUACCCCUCAACAGAAGAAACCAGCACCGCUAUUAAAGGAAAGAGAGAUACAUUUAAAAAAACAGCUUCCUGUUACAUGUGGCGACAAGAAGGGCAUGCUGCAUAAAGAGAAACUGGAGAGAGGUGACAGGUGUAUCCUGUCUGAGGGACUCUGGUUCACCCCCGGUAAUUUUGAGAAGUUUGCAGGAAAGAGAAGCAAAAAAUGGAAAGAGAGCAUCCGCUGCUCCGAUAUUCCUCUGCAAAAACUUAUAGAGGAAAGGUACCUGAAAGCUCCACCUGCAAUGAAGCCAGGUGUUCAGAAGGAUCAUAAAGUGCCGUUUACUGACACCUCUACAGAAAGCUCCAGCUCUUCAGGAAGCUCCAGCCCUCAGUCAACAUCCAGUGUGGAGCUGGUAGAAUUAGGUAAAGAAGAAGAAGAUGAUGAUGAAGAGGAAGAAGAAGAAGAAGAUGAAGAGAGUGAACCAGUGGAUUUGUUGAUGUUUGAGGCUCCUUCUUUACCUGUCAGUUGUGGUUCUUUUAGUGGGGUCUUGUAUAAAAACAGAUUUACAGGGCCAAAUAGUAAAAGCAUCCGCACAGAGGAGCGCUGGUUCACCCCUGAGGAGUUUGUAAACCAGGAAUCCACUUUGACAGAUGUUCACUGGAGGAAAGAUAUACUGUGUCAUGGCAAAACUUUACACUACCUGGAGAAGAAGAAGAUCCUGGUUGUUCAUUUGCAGCAUUGUUUUUGUGAUCGCUGCCAUCAUAAGGAGCCUGUGAGUCUAAAUAAUGAUGACAUCUGCUUCAUUUGUAAUUCUGAAGGAGAUCUGGUGUGCUGUGACGAGUGUCCUCGUGCUUUUCAUGAUAACUGCCAUUUACCAAACCUGCAAAAAGAAACACUUGGGGAUAAAUGGACGUGCACUUUCUGUAUGUGUAAGACUUUUAAAGGACCAAGUCUUCCCAUGACCAAAGAAGACUCUUUAAACUUGCCUCUAUCAAAGACCAUGAUGCACUAUCAGUAUUUGCUGUUGUGUUUGUAUAAAGAGGAUAAAAAGCGAGUGUUUACUGGAGACCCCACUGCAACAGUGGAGGGGUACAGCAGAGUGAUCUUAAAACCCAUGUGGCUUGACAGAGUAAAGACCAAGCUGCAGAACAAAGAAUAUAAAACAGUGGGAGAGUUUGUGAAUGACAUCAGACUCAUCUUUCAAAACUGCAGCAAGUUUAAUAUGGAUAAUGAGGUUGGCAGAGUGAAAUCCAGAAUGGAGGAGAUCUUCGAACAGGAGUUUCACAAAGUUUUUAACUUCGUCAGCCACAUUCUUCCACACAACAAUUCAAGACAGAUGGAAAAGAGUAACAUCAGCCCAAGCAAUCAUUUGGAUUUUGUAGAUGACAAAAAAAUAUCUAGCAUGAUGGAAGAAGACAACUUCCUCGACAAGCCACAGAACUACAAUCUUAUAUCGGAGGAUCUCCGGCAGAAUGUGACGGGCAAUUCCCAGUCAGGUGAUCCACCUCCAGAUAUCUGA